AUUAUUAUUAUGUAAGCAAACGCAAUAUUUCUUUCAGCUUUUUCAAUUCCUCUCAACUUCCUUUCCUUUUUUCUUGUUUUUUUUUUAAUUUACCUUCCUUCUUCGUUGCCAUGCCUGUAAGAGAAAAAUGAAUAUUUCCUUUUUCCAAAUCUGAGGUAGAGUUUGUUGGUUGAUCUUCAUUGUUUGCUUGAGAUGCAUAGAUUUAGUAAGCAUCCAAACAAAUUAUCUACUGGAUGGUGUAUACUAGCAAGAAGGUUCGAUUCAAGUGGACCCACAAGUGAUAUUUCCGAUGUAUCCAAAAAGAUAUGUAAAAUCAUGAUGUCCUCACCAGCAGUAACUCUUCAUACUGCCCUUGACCAAAAUGGUAUCAGGGUUUCACCAGAAAUAGUUGAGGACGUCCUUAGGAGAUUUGAGAAUGCUGGUAUGGUAGCAUAUCGGUUCUUUGAGUGGGCAGAGAAGCAGCUGCAUUAUACACACAGUGUUAGGGCUUACCAUACCAUGAUAGAGUCUCUGGCUAAGAUAAGGCAGUAUCAGAUCAUGUGGGAUCUUAUCAAUGCCAUGAAGAGAAAGAGAAUGUUAAAUGUUGAGACAUUUUGCAUUAUUAUGAGAAAGUAUGCGAGGGCUCAAAAGCUGGAGGAAGCUGUUUAUACGUUUAAUGUUAUGGAGAAGUAUGAUGUGCCUCCAAAUUUAGCAGCAUUCAAUGGCUUGUUUAGUGCUUUGUGCAAGUCCAAGAAUGUGAGGAAAGCUCAGGAGAUUUUUGAUAGUUCAAAGGACCGGUUUGUCCCUGAUUCAAAAACAUAUACUAUUUUACUUGAGGGAUGGGGAAAGACUCCAAAUUUGCCCAAGGCGAGGGAAAUUUUCAGAGAAAUGGUUGACGUGGGUUGCAGCCCUGAUAUUGUGACUUACGGUAUCAUGGUAGAUAUUCUUUGCAAGGCUGGCAGGGUUGAUGAAGCACUUGACAUCGUUAAGGAAAUGGACUUGACAAUUUGUAAACCAACGUCUUUUAUUUAUAGUGUUCUGAUUCAUACAUAUGGGAUAGAGAAUCGGAUUGAAGAUGCUGUGGACACAUUUCUAGGAAUGGAAAAGAACGGAGUGAAGGCUGAUGUGGCUGCAUAUAAUGCUCUCAUUGGUGCUUUUUGUAAAGUAAAUAAGUUUAAGAAUGUGUACAGGGUCUUGAAUGAGAUGGACUACAAGGGUAUGCAACCCAAUUCAAGAACCCUCAAUAUUAUUUUGAACAACUUGAUUGCCCGUGGAGAAACUGAUGAGGCUUUUAGGGUGUUCCGCAGGAUGAUCAAGGUAUGUGAGCCAGAUGCAGACACAUAUACUAUGAUGAUAAAGAUGUUUUGUGAAAGGAAUGAGUUGGAAAUGGCUCUUAAGGUGUGGAAGUACAUGAAGAAAAAACAUUUCGUUCCAAGCAUGCAUACUUUUUCAGUGCUUAUAAAUGGACUAUGCGAAGAGGGUGAUGUUUCUCAUGCUUGUGUCAUGUUAGAAGAUAUGAUUGAAAAGGGAAUUCGGCCUUCGGGUGUGACGUUCGGAAGGCUAAGACAUCUGCUGAUAAAAGAAGGACGAGAAGAUGUACUUGAAUUUCUUCAACAGAAAAUAAAUGUGCUAAUCAAGGAGCCUUUGUGGGAUUGACAAACAUGCUCAAUCAUAAAAGGUAAUCUGUUGUGUUAAUCAAGCACUAAGCAGAUUGUUCAUUGAUAUUGCAUAAUGUUUAAAUGCAAAAAUCAACGAUGGCGUCAAUUUUUAUCCUCAAAUUCAUGUAACAUAGGGGACAAUUAUCAAUAAAAUCACAUUGAAGUUAUGUUGUUA